AUGAAUAGGGACAAAACAGACUUGUUCACAGCAGGUCUGAACCCUGAGGAAGAUGAAGCUCUAAGCAUUUUUGGCUUCCGCAAGGGUUCUCUACCUAUCCGUUACUUGGGGUUACCUCUCCUCCACCGGAAGCUUUGGAAAUCUGAUUACUCGCCUCUUACCGAUAAGAUCAAAGGCAAGUUCAACCACUGGACAGUUAAAGGAUUAUCCUUUGCGGGGAGGCUUCAACUGAUAUCUUCUGUCAUCUAUAGUCUUGUGAACUUUUGGUUUAGUGCUUUUACUCUCCCUAAAGGCUGCCUGAAGGAUAUCGAGAAGUUAUGCAAUAAGUUCCUUUGGGCGGGAGAUUUAUCGAAGAAGACCUCAGCAAAAAUCUCUUGGAAGGGGCUAUGUCUCCCUAAACCAGAAGGGGGUUUGGGUUUAAGAAAUUUUGUUGUUUGGAACAGGGCUCUAAACCUAAAGUUGGUGUGGCUCCUUUUCACUUCCACAGACUCUCUUUGGGUUGCUUGGAUGCGAGAACACAGGCUUAAAAGACAAAACUUCUGGUCUGCUGAGUCCAAAAAUUCUGACUCUUGGCUAUGGAAGUCUCUGCUCUCUCUAAAGGGGUUGGCGAGCUCUUUCAUUAGUUGCGAGAUCGGAAAUGGGCGAAACACAAGCUUCUGGUAUGAUCAUUGGACUGACCAUGGUCCUCUUAUAUCUUAUCUUGGAGAAUCUGGUCCGAGACUUAUGGGAAUCCCGGCUCAAGCUACUGUCGCAGAAGCGAUUCUUUCCCAUGACUGGGAAGCCCCGUCACGUUUUAGAAACCAGAAUAUCAGGGAUGUGAGGAACAUUCUGAGAUCUAGGCAGGUUUUAAACAAUCAAACUGGUGAGGACUCUUUUCUUUGGGGUCCUGGAAACCAGAAAUCAAAAGAGUUUUCAACUAAGGAACGUGGGAGGUUAUUAGACCAAGAAGCUCCUUCAAACCAUGGACAAAGGCUGUGUGGUUCAAGAACAGAGUGCCCAAGCAUGCUUUCAAUUUCUGGACUGCGCAUCUGGAUAGAUUACCUGUUAAAACAAGACUCGCCAGUUGGGGAUUAA